CUCCCCCCCCCCUUUCCCCUCGCCCCUCUCUCCCUGCGCCUCGCUCCCCUCGCCCUCACACGAACGAGGUAUAAAAGGCCCAACGUCUCUCCUCAACAGCAUCAGUUUCCCUCUUCAUCCCUCGAGCAGCCAACAUGAAGUUCGUCAUCCUCUCCUGCCUGGCCACCGUGGCCCUCGCAGCGCCCCAGACCCCGAGGCAGCCCGAAGUGAACAUCAUUCGUCAGGAAUCCACCGACAACGGAGACGGAAACUUCAGGUACUCCUUCGCCGCCGACAACGGCAUCGAGACAGAGGUCGUGGGAACCCCAGGAGCUGAGGGACAGAGCAACAUGCAAGGAUACUACGUAAUCGCCCUGGACAACGGAGCCUUCGCCCGCGUCGAUUUCAUCGCCAACGAAGCCGGAUUCCAGCCCAGUAGUGACAUCCUCCCACAGGACCACCCCCUGCCCGAGCACGUUCACGAGCUCCUGCGCAUUGCCGACGAGCAGCGUGCCCAGGGCAUCAGAUUCGACGACCAAGGACAUCGCUUGUAGACAGAUAACGAAAAAAUUAUAGUCCCAUAACAUGUUCUUCCGAGACGCUCAUCUGUGAUCCCUUCUUUUUGUUGUUCGAAUAAAACUGUUUUGAUGCAACGGA